AUGCUAGAUAUUGUAAAAACAAUGGCAUUUUGGGAUUUAUCCGAUACUCAACGUGCUGGUGCUGGUCUUGUGGGUUUUGCAUUUUUUUUUAUACUACUCGGUUUUACAUUAUUUUUUGAUCGAGCUUUAUUGGCAUUAGGGAAUAUACUUCUUGUUGUUGGCCUUAUAUUAUUAUUGACUAUUGAUCGAGCUAAAACAUUUUUUACUCAACCAGAUCGUUAUAAAGCUUCAUUAUGCUUUUUUUCUGGCAUUAUAUUGUUGUUAUUGCGAUGGCCAAUUGUUGGAGUUAUUCUAGAAAUAGUUGGUUUUUAUAAAUUAUUUGGAGGUUUCAUUCCUCUCAUCAUCAAUGUUAUGAAAAGUAUACCGGGUUUUGGAUUAAUAUUAUCGUUACCAUAUAUAUCCAAUGUUGUAAAUCGUCUAGAAAAUCUUUCGAAAGGACCAUCACCACCUGGUCAUAAAUCAAUUUCACUUAGUCUAUCUGGAAAACCAAAACCUAUACCAAGAUCAUGGUUACCAUUGACAAAACAAUUAAAAUUAGAUAAUUAUGAUAUAAGAGAAUAUGAUCCAAAACAAAUUGCUAAUGAGCUAACAUUAAUCAAUCAAAGAUUACUUUUAAAAAUUAAACCCGAUGAACUUUUUGACUUUCGAUUUGUUUCAACUGAUAAAGUACCAUGA